AGCUUUAAAAGAGAGGGAGGGAGAGGUAGGUGGUGGAAAUAAAAGAGAAAAAGAAAGAAAAGAGAAACUAAUGAAAUGUCUGGUUGCAGUGUGGCCUAGCCUGUUGUGACACAUGAUUUCCCCAGGCCAAAAGGUAACGCUACAAACAAGAAAAUAAAGCUGAAGCUAUCACUCCUACCAAUCCUAAUUAUGGCCAUCAAAAGCUCUCUCUCUCUAGAUCUUUGUUUUGCUUCCAAUGCCCAACACACUAAACAACAAAACUAAAUCCUAAUUCAAAAGUUCAGAUUUUUUUAUUGAGUCUCUCUUGUUUGUCUCCCAUAACCUUUGGCUAUGUUUGAGUGAACCAGACAAAGUUUUCUUUAUUCUCCUUCCAUGGCUUCAAAGAAUGGUUUUUUCUGAUACCCAAAUGAGGAAAGUUAAAGAAUUUAAGUAAAACCCAAGUCUUUUCUUCAGUUUUUCUUCUAACCCUUUUGUUUCUUAUCCCUUACAUUUAUUUGUAUUUUCUGGGUUUGCUGUACUUUGGACUAACAAUGAGGAAAAAUGGAUGGCAGCUUCCAUAUCACCCACUUCAGGUGGUGGCUGUUGCUGUGUUUCUUGCAUUGGGGUUUGCUUUUUAUGUGUUCUUUGCUCCUUUUGUUGGGAGGAAAGUUUUUCAGUAUAUUGCUGUGGGACUCUACACUCCUUUGAUUACAUUUGUCUUUGGCCUAUAUAUAUGGUGCGCAGCAUCUGAUCCUGCAGAUCCAGGAGUUUUUAGGUCCAAAAAAUAUCUCAACAUUCCACAUGAUAGCAAACAAUCCUCUCAAAAGGGUUCUAAGCUAGGUGGGGGCUCAGCUUCAUCUUUGCAUGAUGCAAAUGCUUCUACUGUUGGGGGGAAAUCUCUGGAUAAAGGGUCGGCAGGUGCAGAUCCAACUUCAAAAGACCCUGAUACAGAUUUGGAGCAGAAAAAUGUAACAGGUAGUUCUUGCUUGCAAUUGGCUCUCUUUCCUUGUGCUCUUAUCUGCAAUGGAUGCAGUUCAAGGGACGAAUCUUCAUCACAGCAGAUGAGUGAAGAUGGCAUGUUCUAUUGCAGCUUGUGUGAAGUUGAGGUUUUCAAGUACAGCAAGCACUGUAGAGUUUGUGACAAAUGUGUGGACCAAUUUGAUCAUCACUGCAGGUGGCUUAACAACUGUAUCGGAAAAAGAAACUACAGAAAGUUUUUUACCCUUAUGGUUUCUUCUCUUCUCUUGCUUAUACUACAAUGGGUGACUGGAAUUCUUGUGCUUAUAUGCUGCUUUGUUGAGCGGAAGCGAUUCUCUGCAGAUGUCUCCACCAAAUUAGGAAGCAGUUUCUCUUUGGUUCCAUUUGUUAUUGUAGUGGCAGUUUGCACCAUUUUGGCUAUGAUUGCCACCUUACCUCUUGCUCAACUGUUCUUCUUUCACAUUCUUCUAAUCAAAAAGGGAAUCAGCACGUACGAUUAUAUAAUAGCACUAAAGGAGCAGGAACAGGAGCAACAAGGAUUUGGAGGCCAGCAGAGUCCACAGAUGUCGCCUGCCAGUUCUCUUACUGGAUUGAGCAGUGCAAGCUCCUUUUCUACCUUCCAUCGGGGGGCAUGGUGUACACCACCUCGCUUGUUUCUGGAAGACCAGUUCGAUGUUGUUCCUCCCGAGACUGGGUCUGUGAGUUCCUGGGGAAAAAAGACAGCUGCGGAUGAGCCAAUGAAGAAAAAGAACCCUGCAGCCGUAAAGAUUAGCCCAUGGACUUUGGCCCGAUUAAAUGCCGAAGAGGUUUCGAGAGCUGCAGCAGAGGCAAGGAAAAAGUCCAGAAUCCUGCAGCCUGUAGUGAGGCGUGAACCGCCCUUUGGGGUGGAAGGAGAUAGUAGCUUUGGUAGCAGUGGACGUCGAAUGGUCCCAAGGCCUGACAACAAUAAAAGGCGAGUUAAUAAGAGAGGACGGCUUCUAUCUGACCAGCCAAUGGACCCUGUUACCACGGUUCCAGGUAUAAGUGCUGAGAAAGGUUUUAUGGAGACAUCGACAAGUUUAGCUCCGCUUCAGAUGGAAGCGAGAAGCGCUUUCCAAACUAGCAGAGCAAUGUCAAGUGCAGCUGGGAUUGUCGGUUCUUCUCCAGAAAGCAGUUUAGACUCGCCAGAUAUCCACCCGUUCCGCAUUUCCUCAUCAGGAGCUGAAGACUCAAGGCGGCUGACUGGUUUUUCAGCUGCAGGUAAUGUUUCUCUCAGUGGCAUUCCACUAUCUAGGUCUACUAGUGAUGGAUAUGAAGCUUCAGGUGGUGAAGAUAGUGAUCGGGUCCCAUCCAGGCUUGUCCAGAGAUCGACUAACUGGAGCAACCUUCUUUUCCGUCCUGACGAGGAUGAGGGUGUUUUUAGAUUGAAAGCAUCUUCAUCAAGCCAGGCUAACACUAGAAAGAUUUGAUGAAUGAAGAUUGGUUAAUUUUGUAAUCCGCUCCGAAGAAAAGGCUGGAAAUUCUUUCAUUUUUGGGCCAAAAUUUCAAGGACUAACUGGCCAUUCACCGCACCCACCAUUGAAACAUGGAAUCAGGUUCCUUGCGGAGGGCAUGACAAUGAUACCACACAAACUGCAGUUUGCAUGAGCUCAUUGCUUGCAUUUGGGACUUCACAUGAUAACAGAUUGGUGAUGUUGUUUAUAUUACUCAAUUCUAAUUCCUUGUUGGACUUUUUCUCUGGAAGAUUGAUUACCUUGCUAUUGGAUGCCUUUUGUUUCUUAA